GACGGGCGAGCGUGCCCGAGAGCGGCCAUUGUUGCCCUGAGGCGAGGCCAGGUGCGGCGGCCGCCGUUGCGCCUCAGUUUGCAAAUGGGAAAGUUUAACUUUCAAGAAGUCAAGAGCACAUAUUAGAUUAUGAAGAGAAACAAAAAAAAUCAGACUUGGCAUUUUGUUUUGCUGUGUCUGAAGGAUUAAACAAGGAAGAUGUGUUUACUUUCCCUGUGAACCAAAUAACCUGUUGGAGAAGCUGAUCAUGACUAUGUACUGAAGGCUUGAAAUAUCUGGGAAAAUGGGGGUCUUUGCAUUUCUUCUGACUUGGAGUUUAAUCUUAAACUUGACACAUGGGCACAGCUUAUUCACAUGUGAACCCAUUAAUAUCCCAAGAUGUUCUGGAAUGGGCUAUAAUAUGUCAUUUUUCCCCAAUGUGAUGGGACAUUAUGAUCAGGACACUGCAGCUCUCCGCAUGGAGCCAUUUCUUCCUCUUUUGAAUAUGGAGUGUUCGCCAGAUGUCCGUGCAUUUCUGUGCAAAGCUUUUGUGCCUGCCUGCGUGGAACCAGCACGUGUGAUUCAGCCAUGCCGAAGUCUUUGUAAAAGAGUGUACUCGCACUGUGAAGAACUGAUAGGCACUUUUGGAAUCACAUGGCCUGAGGAGCUUGAAUGCAACAGGUUGGAGGAUUGCGAUGAAACUGCUGCUGUCACUGCUUCUUUAACCACAAGAGCCCAUGACACUCGGAGGACCCCAGGACAGCCCAGAAGGGACUAUGGAUUUUGGUGUCCACGUCAUCUGCAGACCUCCAGUGGACAAGGCUACAAGUUUUUGGACAUUGAUCAGUGUGCGCCUCCAUGUCCCAAUAUGUACUUCAAUAACCAUGAGCUAGAUGUUGCGAAAAGCUUCAUUGGGAUUGUCUCGAUCUUUUGCCUUUGUGCAACUCUGUUCACAUUCCUAACAUUUUUGAUUGAUGUUAAAAGGUUCAGGUAUCCAGAGAGGCCUAUAAUAUAUUAUUCUGUUUGCUACAGCAUAGUGUCUCUCGUGUACUUCCUUGGAUUUGUCCUAGGAAACAGAACAGCCUGUAAUAAGGUAGAUGAAAAACUACAGCUUGGCGAAACGGUUGUUCUUGGUUCCCAGAACAAAGGCUGCACAAUUGUUUUUAUGGCUUUGUAUUUUUUCACGAUGGCUGGAACUGUAUGGUGGGUGAUCCUCACAGUCACUUGGUUCCUAGCCGCUGGACGAAAAUGGAGCUGUGAAGCUAUUGAACAAAAAGCAAUGUGGUUCCAUGCAAUUGCCUGGGGGAUGCCUGGCUUUCUCACAAUUAUGCUUCUUGCCAUGAACAAAGUAGAAGGCGACAACAUCAGUGGUGUUUGUUUUGUUGGCCUCUACGACUUGGACGCUUCUCGAUACUUUGUCCUUUUGCCUUUGUGCCUUUGCGUCUUCGUGGGUUUGUCUCUCCUUUUAGCGGGCAUAAUCUCCCUCAAUCAUGUGCGACAAGUCAUACAGAAUGACGGCAGGAAUCAAGAAAAGCUGAAGAAAUUCAUGAUUCGAAUUGGUGUCUUCAGUGGCCUAUACCUGGUACCUCUGGUGAUGCUCUUGGGAUGUUACAUCUAUGAGCAGGUGUACAGGAAGAUCUGGGAAACCACUUGGGUCUAUGACCAUUGUGAUGAGUUUCAUAUACCCUGUCCUUAUCAGGUCAAGCUACUAGCAAGACCAGAAAUAAUAUUGUUUCUUAUGAAAUAUCUGAUGACUUUAAUUGUUGGCAUCUCUCCAGUUUUCUGGGUGGGAAGUAAAAAGACCUGUUCUGAAUGGGCAAGUUUCUUCAACAGAAAUCGCAAAAGAGAUCCAAUCAGUGAAAGCCGGAGAGUGUUGCAAGAAUCAUGUGAAUUCUUCUUAAAGCACAACUCUAAAGCAAAGCACAAAAAGAAGCACUACAAGUCCAGCUCUCACAAACUGAAGGUGAUUUCAAAAUCAAUGGGCACUAGCACAGGUGUCACAACCAAUCAUGGGAUUUCCGCGAUGGCGAUCGCUAACCAUGAUUACUUAAGCCAAGAGACUUUCACUGAGAUCAAAAGUUUUGAUCUCAGUUGUCCAGAAACGUCUGAGAGAGAGAUGGAAGCAGAUGGGAUGCCCAAUCAGAAAGUGGAGGAAGAAGAGCUUGCACGCAGCGAACAGAGUGCAUCGCAAAAGCUCUCCAGCCCUAAAGUGCCUUUGGGACAGCUAGAAAAGAGAGGCAAGGCAGGCAACACGCAAGAUAUUGACAGCUUAUCUGAAAGCAUGAGGAGAGGGGCAGAAGGACGGGCAACUCCUAAAAGUGACAUUGUUGAAUCUCUUCCACUCCACGUCAGUCAUCCGCACCUUGACGUUUCCCAGCCAGGCAGCACCAAGGGGUCAGUCUUGCAAUUUGCCCACUCCUCUUCAGAUUCAAGAAAAGCUCAGGAGUCUGGUCAUAGUUCAAAUGCUUGAAGAUGAAACAUGUUACUUGAGUGCAAGUCAUGAGACAGAGGGGUUCUAUGUUACACUGAAAAUGACUGUUGCAUUGUGUUCUGUAAGUAAGCACUACACACACCCUUGUUUGCACUUCAGGCAAAGCUAAAAUUUUAUUGUAUCGAUGCCCAGCAAUAAGUUCAACCUCUGAAAUCAUACCAGUUAGCAGUAGAUUUAAGGGGGAAAGCAAUAUGCAUAUUACACCUUUAUAAGCUUUAUGUCAAAACAACAUGAAAAUUAUAGGGAAAGAGGCUUGAAAUUUUGAAAUAUAUUGGGGAAAACUUAAUAGUUUCCAUCUCCUGUUAGCAGUGCUAUUUACUGUUUAAGCUACAAGUGGGGAAUCUGUGGCCCUCCAGAUGUUGUUGGACUACAAUUCGCAUCAUCCCUGACCAUGCUGUGGUGGCUAGGACUGAUGAGAGCUGAAGUUUAAACCAUCAUAUAUGGUUAUGUUAUGCAGGGAAAAAAUUAUACAGUUUAUGGGAAGUGAUGAAGCGGAUGCAUCUUGCCAGAGUAACAGGGCAGAGCUAUUCUCUAAGGAUUGGCUUAAGGCACAACUGGGCAAGCAGUGACUUGAACUGCAAUUGAAUCAUAAUCCUCUGUCUGCUUCUGCCCACCUCAUUGCCAUCUCUGGCUUGGUUACCAGCGAAUCUGUCACCCUUCCUUACUAUCCAAUAUGGCAGGUGCUCCUUUACAUCCAACUCCAUGACCCUUUUGAUACACAGCCGUCGAAUGUUACCCAGAAAGAUAUUAGAACAUAAGAACAUUAGAAGUGCCAUGCUGGAUCAGACCGAGGGUCCAUCUAGUCCAGCACUCUCUUCAGACAGUGGCCAACCAGCUGUCGACCAGGGACCAACAAAGCAGGACAUGGUGCAACAGCACCAUCCCACCUACGUUCCCCAGCAACUGGUGCACACAGGCUUACUGCCUCGGAUACUGGAAGUAGCACGAAACCAUCAAGGCUAGUAGCCAUUGAUAGCCUUUUCCUCCAGGAAUUUAUUCAACCCCCUUUUAAAGCCAUCCAAAUUGGUGGCCAUCACUACAUCUUGUGGAAGUGAAUUCCAUAAUUUAAUUAUGCGCUUCUGUUCUUGCCAAAGCUGUGAAUUGCUUUUACAUAGUAGAACUGUAGUCUUACAAGGCAGUGAAAAAUGCAUUUAAUAAUAAUAAAUAAAAAUUGUGGUAAAGACACUGGGCAGAUGUUGGGCUAGAUAGCUCAGCGCAUCACAUUGCUAUGGGGUCUGGGUCCCGGUGCCUUCUCUAGGAGGCAGGUUAUUAUUGUUAAAUCCUUGGUGGGUUAUCUCAUAGGUUUAUAGCUCAUAGGUUUUAUUUUAUGGUAGUUUAUACACUGAAAUGCAAAGGGACCCGUAAAUCAAAAGCAGCUACUCUUGCACAAGUUUAAUACAGAAUUGCUGUUUUCUUAAUGCUUAAUAUAUAGUUCUUUCAAACCCUUCAGGUUUUUUUUGCUAAAGUGAGGUUGCAACGGAUUGGGGAGCAAAUCACUGUUCAGAUAUUGCAGGCAAUAAUUCUGGUAUCUAGUCAAACUGCUACAUUUCAAAGCUUGAUUUUGAACACAAUAUAACAAAUGUUUAUAAGGCGAUUUUCUGUUUAAAUGGGCACUGGAGCCCACUCCCCUUUUCUUCUUUAUCAUGCCCAUAUAGAAUAGACCUCUGAUGGACAAUAUACAACCCACAAUAUCUGUGAAGCUUGUUUUUGUAAUAAAAAAGGUUGUUCUAGUAAUAUAAGCUUUAACUUCUAUAAACUGUGUUUUAUAUUUCCUAUGGACAAAGGCAUUAGCUUGGAAAAAUAGGAAGAAAUUGUGGCAGGAGGGAGGGAUGAGGAAGGACAGGCAAGAGGUUGGGGCCUUCUUGGAUACCUUACACACAUUCCACAAUUGCCCCCUCAUGACCCCAAGCCACCAGUUUAAAAAAGAAAAAUAUUUUUUUAAUUAAAAAAAGAGGGAACUAGCAUAGCAAACCUCCUCAAAUAAAAACACACAAAGCAUUUUUAUCUCUCUAGUGGCUGCUGCUUCCCUCCAGUCUUGCACUAAAUGGGCUGGCUACUGGUCGCCCCAUGCUUCCACUCACACACUUCCUUUCCUUUCGCUCCACAUGCACUCUGUGCUGUUCAUCAGUAGUGGUCAAACUGUGAGGAAAAAAGACACUGGCUAAGUGUCUGCAUGCUGCCAUGUUCUGGUCUAUUCCAAUGGUGUCUGGACUGGAAAAACAUAAUUAGCCGAUGGUGAGGGGUGUCUCCUCAGUAUUACAAUGCAUCUUUCUCAUCUCAGCAGGGCACUGCCCUGCUGCACAGAGUGACUGGCCAUGGUUGGCAACCGCUCUGCCUCAUUCACAGAAUUUUUAAAGGGGGUCGAUGAAAAGUAGUCCUCUAUUUGUAACCCUCCUGUGUCUUCCUACCAUUUCUUAUGCCUGUCUUUCUUAUCACAACAAAAUUAGUUAAGGAGGAAAACAUGGUAUAGUUGCACCAUGAUUUUUUAUUGGGAAUGCUCAAAGCUGUCUGUCUGGAAGCACUUCUGGCCUUGAAAACCAUUGGGCCGUGUGUGGGCACAAAUUAAGCGCUACAUACAAAGAAGAGAGAGCCUUCCUAAGGCAAGGGAGUUUAUAGAAUUUGGGGGGUGGGAGGGAACAAGCUUUUAAAAAGUGCUUCUGGACAAGAGUUAUGAAAAACCAGGACUAAUGAUUUUGGUAAGAGAAGCUGUGUUCUUAAUUGUGGAUAGUAUACCUGAAAGGGAGUAUUAGCUUCUAAAAAGAGAAGUGCAGAGAAUGGGAAGGCUGGGGGGUGGGACCAUUGCUAUCACUCCUAAAAGCCCAUUCAUCUGUGUGUGAAUGUUUGAGUAGGGGUAACGCCAUGCUUGCUCAGCGGAAUGGGAAAGGCACUUCUCUUGUGCUUAGAGGCACUGUAAUAUAUUCUUGCUGGUUAGAAGAACUUUUCAUUUGACUACCGAGCUCAGCUGCAAUUUGAAGAACCUUGCUUAUAGCACUGACGUUAUUUUAACUGAUGCACUUCUCUUAGGUGAAUAAUGCUAAUAGAGAUAAGAGCAAUAUAACUGAUUCUGUAAUAUGAACAAUGUACUUUUGUUACUGUUCUGGAUCUCUACAUAUUUUUUAUUUGAAUUUUUAGGCUAGCAUUUCCCAUUUUGUAUGCAGCCCUGUUUUGCUUUUGUUUUACAUUCCACUUUAUGGGUUAUGUUUUGGACACUGUAUAAAACUACUUCCUAAAAAAUAAUGUAAAUGUCAACUUGAAUAAGAAAUUUAGUUCUGAUAAACCAACAUGUUUUUUUUUAAUCACGAUAUACUGAAUUUCGAAUGUAUUAUGUUCUCUGUAUUUUAUAACUUUGUAAUUUAUUGCCUUAAACAAAGAGCAUUGGUGGUUUUACUGGAUCCUUCCUUCUUUCCUGCACACAGUAUUCUUCUAACAAUUAGGGCAGACUGACAAUAUUGUAAAUAUUUCCUGUGAAAAACAACUUUAAUAUUCUCUUACUGGAACAUCUCUAUGUUUUUGUUUUGUUUUUUUAAAAAUUGUAUACACUUUGGCAUGUGUAUUUUUACUAUCAGAGUCAAUAAAGUUUUCUAUACUGUGUAAAA